AUGGCACCAAAAAAGAGUUAUAGCCUUGAGACAGAGUUGGUUCUUGCCAAAUCUAAUGACCAACACAAUGCAUCGGUCCCACCAUUGUACCAAUCGGCCACUUUCAAGCAGCCAUCGCUUUCCAACAUGGGUGAAUACGACUACACAAGAUCGGGUAAUCCAACAAGAACCCACUUGCAAAAUCACAUUGCCAAAAUCAUGAAGGCCAAACACGCAUUCGCAGUCUCAUCAGGUAUGGGGUGCCUUGAUGUGAUUACAAGACUCUUGAACCCGGGCGAUGAAGUUAUUGCUGGUGAUGAUUUAUACGGUGGAACGCAACGAUUGUUGACUUAUUUGAAUAAAAAGGGCGAUCUCAUUGUCCAUCAUUAUGAUACAACCAAUACAGAGUUGAUAAAGUCGAAAAUAACAAAGAGUACAAAGAUGAUCUUUUUGGAAUCGCCUACAAACCCAUUGAUCAAAGUGGUGGAUGUCAAGUCUAUUACUGAGCAUGCGCAUAAAGUCAACCCUGAUGUGAUUGUGGUAUUUGACAACACUAUGAUGUCACCAGUGUUGAUGACUCCAUUGGAUCUCGGCGUAGACAUACACUAUGAAUCAGCCACAAAAUAUCUCAAUGGACAUCACGAUAUCAUGGCCGGUGUGUUGGCCACCAGAUCGUCUGCAUUAGCUGAGAGAUUAUACUAUGUUAUAAACUCUACCGGGUGUGGAUUAUCGCCAUUUGAUUGUUGGCUCUUAAGUCGAGGAUUAAAGACAUUAGCCAUAAGGGUUGAAAGACAACAGGAAAAUUGCAUCAGGAUUGCCAAGUUUUUGGAAAAUGUUGGGUUUAAAGUAAGGUACCCUGGUUUGAAAUCACACCCACAGUACGAAUUACACAAUUCCAUGUGUUCGGGAUACGGAGCAGUUUUGUCGUUUGAGACAGGGUCUAUCAAACUAAGUGAGAAGAUUGUUGAAAGUACAGAUAUUUUUGGCAUUGCUGUAUCCUUUGGAUGUGUCAAUUCCUUGAUUUCAAUGCCAUGCAAAAUGUCACAUGCUUCGAUCGAUGCCAAGACUAGGGAAGAAAGAGAGUUUCCUGAAGACUUGAUCAGAUUGUGUAUUGGAAUUGAGAAUGUCGAUGACUUGAUUGAUGAUUUGACUAAGGCGUUGUUGAAGAGUGGCGCUGUUAGGAUUAACGAUAAGGAUGAGUUGUUUAAUGCUAUCCCUAUUCAACCCAAAUUAUAG